GCCCACAAGCAGAAAUGAGUUGCUGGGUCAUUGCGCAUGAUGCAUCUGUGCAAGCGUGCUGUCACCAAACCAGACGUUGCAUCCCUGACUGAACAUGGGGAAGAGCCAUGUGUCUGGGCUCACCAGGAUUCGAGGGAAAGAGACCUUUCUAAAGGGGUCUCCUUUGCAGAUGAUGGAAUCAAGUGGAAGACUGAAGAGAAUCAUCAGCAGGGAAAUUCUGAGGGUUUGGCAGAGCACAGGAAUUUAUCACAAAGAGAGAAAGCAAAUAGCUGUGAGGGAAAUACGUGUGAGGGUGAACGUGGGCCAGCCGGCCAACACAGGAACACAGGGGAUGAGAGCGUGGAGAAAUCCACUCCAAAUGAAAGACCUUUUAGCAAAUGCCAAAACAUUCCUAUUCGCACAGGAGAGAGACCCCAUAAAUGUACUGAGUGUGACAAAAGCUUCACUCGCCGCUCACAUCUUCUUCAGCACCAGAGAAUCCACACAGGGGAGAGACCCUAUAAAUGUACCGAGUGUGAGAAAAGCUUCCGACAGAGAUCAGAGCUGAUUGAUCAUCAGCGAACGCAUACUCAAGAGAAACCCUACAAAUGUGACAAGUGUGGGAAAAGGUUCAUUCGGAGCACACGGCUUAUUCAGCAUCAAAAUGUUCACAAUGGAGUGAAACCCCACAAGUGCCCCCAGUGUGAGAAAAGUUUUAGCUGGAUCUCAUCAGUUAUUAAACACCAGAGAGUCCAUACAGGUGAGAAACCUUAUAAAUGCCCCGACUGUGAGAAAAGCUUCAGCUGGAGCUCGACCCUUAUAAAGCAUCGGAGACUCCACACAGGAGAGAGACCCUAUAAAUGCCCUACCUGUGCAAAGUGUUUUGUACAGAGUGCAAAUCUUAUUAAACAUCAGAGAGUCCACACAGAACAGAAACCCUAUACAUGCGGGGAAUGUGAGGAAACCUUUUUGAUCAGGUCUCAUUUCAUUCUGCAUCAGAGAAUGCACGCAGGAGAGGAACUCUACAAGUGCGAUGGCUGUGAGGAGUGGUUUGGUCUUGUCUCGGACCUUCAUAAACAUCAGAAGAGCCACAGAGGAAAGAAGCCCUAUAAAUGCUCCGAAUGCGACAAAAGCUUCAACAAGAGUUCAAAUCUUAUUAAGCAUCAGAGAAUCCACACGGGGGAGAGACCCUAUAAGUGUCCCGACUGUGACAAAAGCUUCAUUCAGAGCUCGCACCUGAUGCUCCAUCAGAGAGCGCACAGGGGAGAGAAACCCUACAAAUGCCUGGACUGUGAGAAAAGUUUCCACCAGAGCUCCCAUCUCAUUCAGCACCAGAGAGUCCACACGCAAGAAAAACCCUUUAAAUGUCCUGAGUGCGAGAAAAGUUUCAGCCGAAGCUCCGUGCUAAAUAAACACAAAUUAAUCCACGUGGGAGACCAGAGCUAUAAAUGCAGCCAGUGUGAGGAAACCUUCACUAGCAACUCCCGCCUUCUUCAGCACAAGAGAACCCACCAUGUGGAAAGACCUUACACAUGCCCUAGCUGUGAGAAGAGUUUCAGUCGCAGUUCGCAGCUUAUGCUCCAUCAGAAAACCCACGCAGCAGAGAAACCUUACAAGUGUGCUGACUGUGACAAAGGCUUCGUUUACAGCUCACAUCUAAUUCAGCAUCAGAGAACUCACACUAGAGAACGACCUUAUAAAUGUCCAGUGUGUGAGAAAAGCUUCAUUCAGAGCUCACAUCUCCUUCAGCAUCAGAAAAUCCACACGGGAGAGAGACCUUUUAGAUGUAGUGAUUGUGAGAAAACCUUCAAUCGGAGCUCCAACCUUAUUAAACACCAGAGAACUCACACCAGGGAGAACCCGUAAGAGAUGCUUCCAUAUGAACUCCACGCUCUUGACAAUAAGAGUAUUCACACAGAAGGAAAAUCCUAUAAAUAUU